CGAAACCCUAACUCUCUUUCCACAAUGCGUGUCUCUUUCACCUAAGGAUCUUCUCAAAAUCAAUACAUAAAUGGAGGAGGAAGAGGAGAAGAAGGAGGAGGAGGAGGAGAGCUCUGUGAUUCAGCUGGCUGAUUUCAGAAUCGACGGUUCUUAUUCACCUCCAACUUCUUCUUCUUCUUCUUCUUCUUCUAGUCGACACCUUCACCGCCGGUCUACUUCAUUACCGUCCUUAAUGACUCUCGAUGGCCGACGUUCAAGUUUCGGCAACGUCACCACGACUCUUUUUUAUUCUUAUAAUAAACUUCCUGAAGAGCCUCUCAGACUCUCUGUUCUCAAAUUAGACGCCUCCUCCUUCGAGAUUGAAGUAAUGAAGUCAGCUACAGUUGAAGAACUAAGGCAAGCGGUUGAGGCUGUGUUUAGUUACAUGCCGCAGGAAGGACCGGGAAAGAUCUCAUGGCCGCAUGUGUGGGGGCAUUUUUGCUUGUGUUAUGGUGAUCAUAAGCUGCUUGUGGAGACAGAUUAUAUUAAAAACUAUGGCAUCAAGGAUGGUGAUCAGCUUCAAUUUAUCCGGCAUGUCUCAGGCAACUACAGUUUGAAAAAGAAGCAUUCAUUGAAAAGGAUUGUUGCGUCAGAAUCACCAAAAAUCUCACUGUCACCAUCAAAUCGCUCUGAAGAGAAAGAACAGAAUUACAAAGACAAAGGUUAUGAUGACUUGGAGAAUGGGAAGUGCCAGCAUUUUCAAGAUAAAAACGAUGGCAUUAUUACACAAGACGAGGCCAGAUGGAAUUCAAUUCCUCUCCGCUCCACUCCUUCCCCUUGCCCAUUACAAACCUCAGCAAUUUGUGUGGCAAAGAAAGAGAUAACCCCCUUCCAAAAAAUCCACUUCCCAUUUCCACACAAAAUCUACCAUUCCCACCACCAUCAGUCAUCACCUCUCACACCCCGAAGGACACCUCAACUCUAAAUUUUGCAUCUUUAGUCAUCAGCCAUGGCCAACAUGAUCAUGGCCUCUUCCAAACCUCUCAUCAACCUAUCCUCCUCUUCCCUCCCCGCCAACACCAAACCCAAACUCCAAAUCCCACAACUUUCCUUCCCUAAAAUCCUCAAGAUCACCAAACCCCAACUCCUAUCUCUCUCCGCUUCCACCCUCAAAUCCCUCUCUCUCAUUGCUGCCACUUCCUUAACCUUCGCACCACCUUCUUUGGCUGAAGAAAUAGAAAAAGCUGCUCUCUUUGACUUCAACUUAACACUUCCUAUAAUCAUGGUUGAGUUCUUGGUCCUCAUGGUUGCUUUGGACAAAAUCUGGUUCACCCCACUUGGUAAUUUCAUGGAUGGGAGAGAUGCGGCUAUAAAAGAGAAGCUGAGCAGCGUUAAAGAUACAUCUGAAGAAGUUAAGCAACUUGAAGAACAGGCUGCUGCUGUUAUGAGAGCAGCUAGGGCUGAGAUAUCGGCUGCAUUUAAUAAAAAGAAGAAGGAAACUCAGGGUGGAGUGGAGCAGAAGUUGGCUGAAGGAAGGAAGAAAAUUGAGGCUGACUUGCAAGAAGCAUUGGCUAAAUUGGAGAUUCAGAAAGAGGAGACUAUGAAAGCACUUGAUUCACAAAUUGCUGCUCUCAGUGAUGGGAUUGUCAAGAAGGUGCUUCCUGUUCAAUGAAGUUAAUACUUUAUGGUUUAGUGUGUGCUUAUAUUUUGUGAGAUUGGAAAUGAAUUCCGUUUAUUAAUGUAUAUGUUCUUUGAAUUACACUGAUGGUAUGCAAUGAAAGGAGUGAAUUGGAAAACUUUUUCUUUCU